GAGGGAGAGCAGAUUCACUAGAAGCACAGAGAGAACUGCAGAGAGAGAGAGAGAGAGAACAGACUGAAAAGAGAUAUCCAACACUACUACUGCUGCUCCUACCAGACAACGAGCCAACACAAGCAACACAAUGUACGCCAGAUCUAACAGCGUGAUCCUGUCCAUUCCUGCCCCUGCCGCUCUCCCGGAGUCACUGUCCUGCAGGGUCAUGAAUGGAAGGAAAGAGCCUGAAAUCUUCACCUUCGAGGAGCUUCCACUGCAGGUGCGCCGGAGCUCCCUGGGGAAGCCGAGGCGGAGACCGGCCCGGGUCAUGUACCCUUCCAAGGUGCGCAAGUAUCUGCCCCCGGGGGAGAAGAGCCCGGCCAAGCGUCUGUUCCUGGUGCUCUGCGUUGUGCUCUUCCUGCAGAUCUACACCGAGGAUCCCACCCAGGAGACCCCGACGGGCACUGUGGAGACCGCCCCGACCGGCGCCCCACUCUCCGAAGACCUCUCCUUCUCCGAGUACCAGCUCCUGUCCUUCUUCUCCGCUGAGGUCCCUGAGAUGAAAAUACACCCCUCGGGGCAACAAGAAGGUCCAGAUGGGCAGGCUAAGCAGCAGCAGCAGGCAGAGAGUGCCCCAAAGCUGCAAGACCACCUGUCCAAGCCUUAACCCGUACACCAGGACCCUUCCCUUGAGCUCCCAGAGCAGGAGUAUGAUGGUGCUCCUCGUCUACUGCAGGCUGUGAAAGACAGGCAGUCUGGACAUGUACCAUCCUGCUACUGCCUGAGUGCAAGACAGAGAACCGGCAGAAACAAGCUGAGAGCAGCUAGACCCUCGGAGCAGAGGAGGAAGCUCCUGCCAGAACUGUUCAGAGAACAGAUAGAACUUCAACUGACUCGAACUGUUAAAGCAAAGAGCCUUGAAAUAGAGCUUCAGGUGGCUUUGCUUAAGUUCUCCCAUUCUAGAGACACUAAUACUUGAAGGCAACACUGCUUGCUCAGCGUUGGAGGGACUGGUGUUGCUGGUUUAUUGUGUAGAAGCAAGACUCCCUGCUGGCACUCAUUCAUUCAGGGAUUCUUAAUCGUUCUAUUUAUUGUUAAUUGCAGAUUUAUUUAAGGAUACAAACUGUAUCUACUGUUGUUGUCAGCACUGUGUUAUUUAUUAAUAUUUAUUAUAAUAAUAUUGAGAUGAUAAUGAUUUUAGUGUUUGUGCAUUUCCAACUUGAACAAAUGAAAAUGCUGAUGAAUAAAACAUGUUUAAAUAUAA